AUGUAUUUUUAUCCAGUUUUUGGUGUUUUCAGCUAUAUGGCACUCACGUAUGCCAAUGCUAACAAUACAGAAUUCACACGAAUUGUAAAUGGAAUUUUGGACGACCUCUAUGUUCAUUCACAGCAAACCGUUUUGUUGAACAGCUUGGCAUCAUGCUCAGCUCAUUGUUCUCAAAGCGUCACUUGUAAGUCAUAUACUUGGAAGAAUGCCACAUCCAGCUGCAUUUUGCUAUCAAUGGACAUCGCAAGAAACUUAGUUGACCCUUCUUUUCCCAAAGACAUUGCAGUAUACACUAAAUAUUAUCGCAGCUGCUCUGAGUUUGAAUACGACAAAAUCAGUGGAAUUAGUGGAUAUUGUUUCAAAUAUUACGCGGUACAAAACCUAUACUCUGAAGCACAAAACACAUGUCAGAACGAUGGAGGACAUCUUGUACGAAUAUCAACAUCGACCAAACAUGGAUACAUUAAAGCGUUCAUGAAUCUGAAAUCAAUAUCGGGGAUGUACGUUGACGGUACUGAUCUUCCUGAUGGAACAUGGCGUCUUUCUGAUGGGAGAUCAAUGUUACUGAAUUGGCGGCCGGGUGAGCCAUCCGGUAACGAACACUGUGUCAUGAUGUAUGAUGACGGGACAAACAACGAUAUACCGUGUACUUCGACGAUGUAUUUUAUUUGUGAAAGACAACUCAAUAUAUAG